UAUAUAUAUAUUAUACCAUAUCAAACACCAAUGAACUGUUACUUUUUAUUACUGGCAUGCCACUAAUAAGUCCACAAGUGGAAGGUUGAACAGUUCAUUUUGUUUCAUUGCAGGAACAUAGUGUUGAUUUAUGCACCGUCACAUUGACGAGAUACUUCAGACUGCUCUUUUCAUAUUUGUUUAGUUUUUGCCUUUUAACAUGCAUGUUACCCCUCCCCCUCAACCCCUUCAUUCUUUGUCUCCUGUCAUGUCAUCUUUUUUUCUCACGUUGACUCGCUCCAGAUGCCGUCUAACAACAGCAUCCGAAAGCAGAUUGAGACGCUGCAGAACAAAGACCCCAAAAUGUCCCGCGUGGCUCUGGAGUCUCUCUACAGACUGCUGUGGGUCUACAUCAUCAGGAUCAAGUGUGAGAGUAACACUGUCACACAGAGUCGACUACUCAGCAUCGUUUCAGCACUUUUCCCCAAAGGCUCCCGGAGUGUGGUGCCCAGGGACACGCCGCUCAACAUCUUCGUCAAGAUCAUCCAGUUCAUCGCUCAGGAAAGACUGGACUUCGCUAUGAAGGAGAUAAUCUACGACCUCCUGUGUGUGGGCAAGUCUCACAAAACCUUCGCCAUCAACCCGGAGAGGAUGAACAUCGGUCUGCGAGCCUUCCUGGUGAUCGCCGACAGCCUCCAGCAGAAAGACGGCGAGCCUCCGAUGCCCACGACUGGGAUCAUCAUGCCCUCCGGCAACACCCUGCGCGUCAAGAAGAUCUUCCUCAACACCACCCUCACAGACGAAGAAGCCAAGGUCAUAGGCAUGUCGCUGUACUACCCUCAAGUCAGAAAGGCCUUAGAUAACAUCCUGCGACACCUGGACAAGGAAGUGGGACGCUCCAUGAGCAUGACCAACGUACAGAUGUCCAACAAGGAGCCCGAGGACAUGAUCACGGGAGAGAGGAAGCCAAAGAUCGAUCUGUUCCGUACGUGCGUGGCCGCCAUCCCGAGACUGAUCCCGGACGGCAUGAGCAGACAAGACCUCAUAGAGCUUCUAGCCAAACUGACCAUCCACAUGGACGAGGAGCUGCGUGGCCUCGCCUUCACCACCCUCCAGGCCCUGAUGGUGGAUUUCCCAGAGUGGCGUGAGGACGUCCUCUCGGGCUUCGCGUACUUCAUCGUGCGAGAGGUGACGGACGUCCACCCCACUUUGUUGGACAACGCUGUCAAGAUGCUGCUGCAGCUCCUCAGCCAGUGGAGGCAGGCGGUGCAGAGCAGCAAUAAGAGCCACGAUCCAAAGGGCUCAAGCAGCGGCCAUUCACUGCCCCUGGAGCGUACUCCUCUGUUGGGUGUGCUGCGCGUGGUGGAGGGUUUGGCUCUGGUGGUGCUAUGUAGCUGUCGUCCUGCUACACGCCGGCUGGCUGUUAACGUCCUCAAGGAGGUCCGUGCGCUGCACACAGCACUGGGCAUCUGCAAGGGGGAUGAGGAACUGGCCAUUGAUGUAAUGGACCGAUUAAGUGCAUCGGUGCUGGAGAGCUUCAUUCAUCUCACAGGAGCUGACCAGACCAACCUGCUGUACUGUCCCAGUGGCAUUGAUCUGCAGACGCUGGCGGAGUGGAGCUCAUCUCCCAUCAGCCACCAGUUCGACGUGGUGAGCCCCUCGCACAUCUGGGUGUUUGCCCACGUCACUCAGGGCCAGGACCCCUGGGUCAUCAGCUUCUCCAGCUUCCUGCGGCAGGAGAACCUGCCAAAACAUUGCCCCACCGCCCUCAACUACGCAUGGAUGUUUGCCUACACGCGCCUGCAGCUUCUGUCUCCACAAGUUGACAUCAACAGCCCCAUCAACGCCAAGAAACUGAACAGUCUGAACAGCAGCGACUCCUACAUCGGCCUCUGGAGGAACUACCUGAUUCUGUGCUGCAGCUCCGCCUCCUCCUCCCCCUCCAUGUCCUCCUCGUCCUCCACCUCUGGCUCCGUCCGCUGCUCCCCGCCUGAGACGCUGGCGUCCACGCCGGACAGCGGCUACAGUUACGAUUCGAAGAUUGUUGGUACUCCGUCCCCCUCCUCCCUCUUCAAACACAUCGUUCCAAUGAUGCGCUCUGAGAGCAUGGACAUCACAGAGUCUCUCGUGUUGGGGCUUGGCAGGACCAACCCCGUGGCCUUCAGAGAGCUGAUAGAGGAGCUCAAUCCCAUCAUAAAAGAAGCUCUAGAAAGAAGACCUGAAAACAUGAAGCGACGCAGGCGUCGGGACAUCCUCAGGGUCCAGCUGGUCCGGAUAUUUGAGCUGCUGGCUGAUGCUGGCGUCAUCAGUCAGAUAACCAGUGGAGGGUUAGAUGGAGAGAGCCACUCUCUGAACAGCACGCUGCUCGAGUAUGUUGAUCUGACCAGGCAGCUGCUCGAGGCCGAAAAUGACAAGGACUCUGACACGCUGAAGGACAUUCGCUGCCACUUCAGUGCACUUGUGGCCAAUAUCAUUCAGAAUGUCCCAGUGCACCAGAGGAGGACCAUCUUCCCCCAGCAGUCGCUGAGACACAGUCUGUUCAUGCUGUUCAGUCACUGGGCCGGCCCCUUCAGCAUCAUGUUCACUCCUCUGGACCGCUACAGCGACAGAAAUAUGCAGAUCAACCGCCAUCAGUACUGUGCACUAAAGGCCAUGUCUGCGGUGUUGUGUUGUGGCCCCGUAGCCGACAACGUUGGCCUCUCCUCUGACGGCUACCUCUACAAGUGGCUGGACAACAUUCUGGAUUCUCAGGACAAGAAGGUUCACCAGCUGGGUUGUGAGGCUGUGAUGCUGCUUCUGGAGCUGAAUCCAGACCAGAGCAACCUCAUGUUCUGGGCCGUGGACCGCUGCUACACCGGCUCUCGCCGCGUGGCGGCCGGCUGCUUCAGGGCCAUCGCCAACGUCUUUCACAACAGGGAUUACCAAUUUGACACUGUGGUGCUGCUGAACCUGAUUCUGUUCAAGGCGGCGGAUUCUUCCAGGGAGAUCUAUGAGGUGGCCAUGCAGCUGUUACAGAUCCUGGAGCCCAAGCUCUUCCGUUACGCCCACAAGUUGGAGAUCCAGCGGACGGACGGUAUCUUGACGCCUCCCUCACCGCUGCCACACCUCUACUCUGUGUCUUACUACCAGCUGUCUGAGGAGCUCGCAAGGACUUACCCAGAGCUCACUCUGCCCAUCUUCUCAGAGGUGAGCCAGCGAAUCCAGACUGCUCAUCCCGGCGGUCGUCAGGUCAUGUUGCACUACCUGCUGCCCUGGAUGAACAACGUGGAGCUGGUCGAUUUCAAACCGGCCGCACCGCGGCGACCGGAGGACUGCUGCGGCGGCGAGGAGGACGAGGACGCGCAUGAGCGGGACACCACGAUGGUCAACAGCCGCCGCUGGCUCCGCGGAGAGGGCUGGGGCUCCCCCCGCGCCACAACCAUGGUGCUCAACAAUCUCAUGUUCAUGACCGCCAAGUAUGGAGACGAGUUUGCCUGGUCAGAGAUCGAGAAUGUGUGGACCACUUUAGCAGACAGCUGGCCAAAGAACCUCAAAAUCAUUCUGCACUUCCUCAUCAGUAUGUCGGGAGUCAGCAGUGACCCCAGCCUCUUGCCCUACGUGAAACGAGUGGUGGUCUACCUGGGCAGAGAUAAGACUAUGCAGCUGCUGGAGGAGUUGAUGUGUGAGCUCGAGCUGACCGAUCCCGUUUGCUCAGCCGUCACUCACAUGGACAACCCGCCUUACUACCGCAUCACCUCCAGUUACAAGAUCCCCUCAGUCACCUCAGGAACAACCUCCAGCACCAACACCAUGGUGCCAGGAAACGAUGGUCAUCACGACACCAAGAUCAAAGACUCUAACAUGGAGGACAGUUACACCCACCUGGACAUCUACAGUGGUCUGAACAGCAACCUGAACCGCCAGCACCACCGUCUGGAGUCCCGUUACAGCAGCAGCUCCGGAGGCUCCUACGAAGAAGAGAAGAGUGACUCCAUGCCUCUUUAUGCUAACUGGCGUCUGAAGGUGAUGGAUCACAACCGUCCGGAGCCUCUUCCCUUCCCUCCUACGGGAGGCUGCUGGUCUCCUCUUGUGGACUACCUGCCAGAGACUAAUUCCCCUGGUGUGCCGCUCCACAGAUGUAACAUCGCAGUCAUACUACUCACAGACCUGAUUGUGGACCACGGGGUCAAAGUGGAGUGGAGUGCCUACCUGCACCUCUUGCUACAUUCAAUCUUUAUCGGGUUCGACCACCAGCACCCAGAAGUGUACGAGCACUGCAAGCGCCUGCUGCUCCACCUGCUCGUUGUCCAGGGAGCAAAUAGCAGCGUUCAGUCUGUGGCCAUGGUGCUGUUACGCAACCGAGACUACAACGAGCCGAGGGUCCUGACUGUGAAGCCGGUGGCUCCAGAGAUCAACCUCACAGGAGUGCAGGACAUUUUGUCAGACUGUCAGCCGUCUCCGAUGACGGACUCCGGCCUCAGCUCGUGCUCCACGUCCUCCAGCAUCAGUCUCGGUGCUGCCCUCCCCCACCUCUCCCCCACGCUCCUCACUGAGGGCGAUGCCACUGCUGAACAGGACGAGAAGGUCAAAUCUCUCAUCGAGUUCAUCACCUCCAGAAAACGAGGCCCGCUGUGGAACCACGAGGAUGUGUCGCCCAAGAACCCAAACAUCAAGAGCGCUGAGCAGCUGAGUGUUUUUGUCAGACACGUAGUGACUGUCUUCAAACAUUCCCCGUCAGGUUUCCAGCUGGAGUCGUUGCUGAGUGAAGUAGCCCUUCAAACGGCGCUGUCUUGCUCUUCUCGACACUACGCCGGCCGCUCAUUCCAGAUUUUCAGGGCCCUCAAACAACCUCUGACUCUCGCCACGCUGUCCGACAUUCUCUCUCGGCUGGUGGAGACUGUAGGAGACCCAGGAGAGGAGGCUCAGGGUUUUGUCAUCGAACUACUCUUGACUCUGGAGUCGGGCAUUGACACGCUAGCAGACACAGUCAAAAACUACGACCUCCUCACUGCCUUAGCACAGACCUCUGCCCGCGAUCACCUGUUGGGGCCAAAGUUUGCCACCAACAGGAAAAGCACCGGCCAGCUGAACCUGAGCAGCGGCGGUCUGUUUCAUUACGCUCACACGCGCAGCAACUCUCUUCGGGCGAGCCUGAUGGGCGAGCAGAAAGCCGACAGACGUCGGAGUAACACCCUGGACAUCGCCGACCGGCUCGGCGGCAGCCACGGGAACUUGGCACGCACGCGGAGCUUAUCCUCACUAGGUGGCGCCGGGGGUCCAGGAGGGGACGCCAUCCCCCCCGUGGACCCUUCAAACCUGAUGGCCACCGUGUUCUGGAUCGCCGCCUCGCUGCUGGAGUCGGACUACGAGUUCGAGUACCUGCUGGCCCUGCGGCUCCUGAACAAGCUGCUGGGCCAGCUGCCUCUGGACCGCGUCGACAGCAGGGAGCGUCUGGAGAACGUCCAGGCCAAGCUGAAGUGGUACAGCUUCCCCGGGCUGCUGCAGCUCUUCCUGAAGGGCUUCACCUCUGCUUCUACUCAGGAGCUCACCAUCCACCUGCUCAGCAAGCUCAUCAGUGUCUCCAGACAGACGCUGGUCGACCCUUCACAAGUGGCAGGUUUUCCUCUGAACAUCCUGUGCCUCCUACCACAUCUGAUCCAGCACUUUGACAGCCCGACCCCGUUCUGUAAGGAGACGGCCGACAAGAUCGCCAAGCUGUGCGCGGAGGAGAAGUCCGCCACGCUGUCCAACCUGGCCCACAUGAUGAGCCUGUACAGCGCACACAGCUACUCCCGCGACUGCACCAACUGGAUCAACGUGGUCUGUCGCUACCUCCACGACGCCUUCGCCGACAUAACCUUGAACCUGGUCACGUACCUGGCUGAGUUGCUGGAGAAGGGCCUUCCCAGCAUGCAGCAGUCCUUGUUGCAGAUCAUCUACAGCCUGCUGAGUCACAUCGACCUAUCGGCAGCCCCCGUCAAACAGUUCAACCUGGAGAUCAUGAAGAUCAUCGGCAAAUAUGUUCAGAGCCCUCAUUGGAAGGAGGCUCAGAACAUUCUGAAGUUGGUGGUGUCCCGCUCAGCCAGCCUCGUCGUUCCCGACGACGUGCAGCGCUCCUACAGCACCGAGUCGUGCGGCUCUCCAGAAAUUGCCUUUACGCGCAUAUUCAACAACUCUUCUAAGGAGCUGCCCGGCAAAACGCUGGACUUCCACUUUGACAUCUCAGAGACACCAAUCAUAGGGCAUAAAUAUGGUGACCAGCGCACUGCGGCGGGCCGGAAUGGAAAGCCGCAGGUGAUUGCCGUAACGAGGAGUACGUCCUCCACGUCGUCCGGCUCCAACUCAAAUGGUCUGGUGCCAGUAAGCUGGAAGAGGCCUCAACUCUCUCAGAGAAGAACCAGAGAGAGGCUGAUGAAUGUCCUGUCUUUAUGCGGCCCGGAGUCUGGCGUUCCCAAAAAUCCAUCUGUAAGACUCCUCUCCUACUCUAAAGCCUCUGACAAGGUGGUGUUCUCAUCCAAUGAGGAUCUGGACUCUGCAGACCAGCAGACCAGUCUCAUACCCACAGUGGAGGAGGAGGUCAGAGAAGAGGAGCUGCAGGGAGAAGACACGGGCAGCGAGCAGCAGUUUGGUGUCUUCAAGGACUUUGACUUCUUAGAUGUGGAGCUGGAGGAUGCCGAGGAGUUCCAGGGGGAGAGCAUGGACAACUUCAACUGGGGGGUGCGUCGUCGCUCCCUGGAGAGCAUGGACAAAGGGGACACGCCGUCUCUGCAGGAGUGCCAGUACGCGGGCAGCACGCCGAGCCUCAACCUCACCAACCACGAGGACACGGACGAAUCGUCCGAGGAGGAGGUACUGAGCGCUAGCCAGAUUCUCACCCGCUCUGGCCUUCUCAACAGCGACUCUGCCACCGACGACACGGCGUCCAACCACGUGGACUCCCUGCAUCAGUCUCAGGAGUCGUCCAGCGGCGCUCUGACUGAGGAGGCCUCCGUCCCGCCCUCCCUGCCCCCCCUCCGCUCCCUCCCUCGACUGGAUAGCCCCAAUUUGGAGAUGCCCCACUCAGACAGCACCAGCAGCCAGCUGCCUGAGGAUGCUGUGAGCGUGACGGCAGCGGACGACCUGAGCAGCAGUGUGAGUGAGGACACGGGGUUCUGCAGCGCCCCCCCUCUGCCCUCUGACCCGUCAGAGCUGUGUGACCUCCCAGACUCCCAGGACCCUCACGAUGCUCAGGAACCGCAGGAGACCCAGGACCCUCAGGAAGACCUGGAUCCAGCCGCCCCUCCCCCGCCGGCCAUAGACACUCCGCCGGGGUCCCUCUGUGAUGAGGACUCCCAAACGGUCCUCCCCCUAGCGCUGCCCUUGCCCAUGCCACCAGAGACUAAGCCAGACCCAGAUCCAGAUCCAGACCCAGACAGCACCUGUGGCUCUGGGUGGGAGGAGGACGUCACUCAGGCCCUGAAGGAGCUGGAUGAUCGCUGUGAGGAAGAGGAAGCCGACUUCUCUGGCAUGUCCAGUCAGGAUGAAGGUGACGCAGACUGCUUCCCGGAGAUCCAGGCCUCCCCCCCCCCUUCGCCCUUCCUCUCCGCCAUCCUGGCAGCGUUCCAGCCUGUCGCCUGUGACAAUGAGGAGGACGCCUGGCGUUGCCAUGUUAACCAGAUGCUGUCAGACUCGGACGGCUCCUCUGCUGUUUACACGUUCCACGUGUUCUCCAGACUCUUUCAGAGCAUGCAGAGGAAGUUUGGCUCCAUUACGCACUCGUCUGUUCGCUUUCUCGGGGAGCGGCUCCAGCGAAUGGGCAAUCAGUUCCUCAGCUCCCUGGAAGUCAUGACGUCUCGCUCGCAGUGCCCCACCGUGCUGCUGGAUGCAGAGACGCUGGUCUCUUGUGGACUGUUGGAGACUCUGAAGUUUAGUGUGCUGGAGUUGCAGGAACACCUGGACACCUACAACGCCAAGAGAGAAGCAGCAGAACUUUGGCUGGAGAACUGCAGGAAAACAUUUGGGGACAAAGACAGCAGCCUGAGACACAACACUCACGCACAGCAAAUGGAAAAUCUAGCAGAGCUGGAGUUGUGUCGCAGGCUCUAUAAGCUGCACUUCCAGCUGCUGCUGCUCUUCCAGGCCUACUGUAAGCUCAUCAGCAGGGUGGACACCAUCAAGAGGGAGGCAGAGGUGACCAACAUGUCUGAAGAACUGUCCAUCCUAGAGAGCUGCCUGAAGGAGGCAGAGACAGGAAGCAAUGGUCAGGAGGACGUGUGCAUGUCGGACUCUCCUCAGACCAACACGGAGUCGGCCAUCCAGUCUCUGAUCGAGACUCUGAGAGCCAGAGACUUCAGCUCUGCUCUCACACAAGUCAAAGUCUUUAGGUCUCUGUGGCCCAACGACAUCUUCGGCAACGAGACGGACGACGCGGUCCAGACCCUGCUGCACAUCUACUUCCGCCACCAGACGCUGGGCCAGACGGGCUGCCUGGCCGUGGUGGGUCCCAGCAGGGACCUCUCUCAGGCCAGCGGCCGCCUCACGGAGCUCAACCUGCAGAUCCGAGAGGCUCUGAGUCGGGCUCAGGCCUGCCAGACCACCACCAUGGUCAGCACUGGACUGUGAGAGCCGGUGGUUCUGGACUAGACUGGACUAAUAUUACCCCCCCGCUCUACACAGACCUCACCUCAGCUGUAGAGAGAGGGUAGACAGCGAGGGGCUCCAGAGGAGGACCAGAGACUCCACCUAAAGGGCUAACGGAUGAGUGGGAAUAACUGACUCUUAAUAUAUAUUAUUACGUAUGAAUGCUUAAAGCGAACAUCUUCUCCCGGACGAAGCCAACGUGCAAAAUUCAGUUGCAAUAAGUCGUGUGGUGGUUUUGUGGGAGAGGACGCAGUGGGACGAGAACUUUUAUUUUAGUUUCUUUUAGUUUCUUUUUUGCUGGAUUGAACCUGAUGGUCCGUCACACCGACCUCCUCCUCAGAGAGGGGGGGGGGGGGGGUAUAGCAGCAUGUAAACCGGUCGUAUGUGGGAGGACACGCCCUCAAGAUUCAUGAGCAACAUACAAGAGAAAGAAAAUCUAAAAUCUUGUUUAAGAAGUUUUCAACAGCAUGCUUGAAAGAGGAAAACAAAAAAGAAAAAGCACUGCAAGAAUAUUUUUUUGAGAAAUGUAUUUUUUAUUAGCGCUAACAUCCUAGGCUGUAAAAUGUUAGGAUAUGUAACAUUGUAGCCCUGUGGGACACGUUUCAAGCCUUUCAGGGAGUGUAAAAAGAGAAAUAUAUAUAAAUCUGUUUAUUGAUCUCUGCGCAAAAAAACAAACUCACUCUUUAACCAAAUAAGUAGCUGCCUUUAGAGAGUGUGUGUGUGUGUGUGGUUCUACACCACUCACACACACAUAGACUGGCUACAAGUCAUUAUGGAAACAUAACUUAUUUUACUCUGUAUAUAUUUUAGAAAAUGUAUAGUGUAAAACCAGUAUUUUUUCCCCCCCGUUGUACUUUUGUGUAAUGCACUGUUCAUCCGCGUAGGAUGUCUGUAUAAAGCUCACGUGAUGAGAGAGAAGAGUCUUUGAUGAUCCGCUCCGCCUUCCUCAUCCAUUCACACUUUCCCAAAGGCUGCCUCGGUUGGGUUUGGUUGUGGUCGGUCGGGGGGGGGGAUCUAAUGACCGCACCAACCCAACCAAGUCAUAUGCAUUCCUUUUUCCUCCACUGUGAUCCGCUUAAACCCUCACGAAGAGGACUGACUUUUUGUUUGUUUUUGAUCACGUUGCAAAGCAGCCCCUCCUAUUUUAUUGUUUUUGUCUGCGGGGGGGGGUAGAUGUAGUGGUUGAAGCGUUGCCGCCUCGUGCUGCUGUGACUUUCAUUAUCUGAAGGCUUUCUGGAGAUCUUGUCAUGGCACAUUGUAACACGUCACUGUACUCAUUCCUCAGCUUUGUUCCCCUGCUUGUCUGGUACAUUUUGAAUGCUGUUCUUAAUUAUUUAAUGAAUAUAUUAUUUACCUGGAAGAUGUUUUAAUGUAGAGGUGCAUUAUACAUUUCUUUUGUUUUUUCUUCACUCACAUACCAGCCUUCUCUCUGGAUAAAUAAAAAACUAAUCGGUUUGA